AUGGCCACCAUCACCUCCAUCGGCAUCGGUAACAUGGGCGCCGCCCUCGCCUCAGCCCUCCUCAAGUCGGUCGGCCUCCGUCAGCUUACCAUCUGGAACCGCACCGCCGACCGUCCGCAGGUGAAGUCGCUGGUCGAACAGGGCGCGCACUUUGAGCCCUCGGUGGCCGCCGCCGUCGCGCGCAGCGACACGAUCCUCAUCUGCCUGCUCGACUACCAGACCGUCACCGCGGUCUUCGAAGCCAUCUCGCCCGGCGGCCUCGCCGGCAAGACCGUCAUCAACGUGACCAACGGCACGCCGAGACAGGCGCGCGAGGCCGAGGCGCGGUUCAAGGGGCUCGGCGCCGCGGCGGCGUACUUCGACGGCGGCAUCAUGGUGACGCCGCAGCAGAUCGGCACGCCCGAGGCCUUUGUCAUCCUGAGCGGCGAGGACGAGUCCGCGUUCCGGGCCGCCGGGGGCCCCGCGGAGCUGCUCGAGCCCAUCGGCGCCAUCCAGUACGUCGCUUCGGACGCGGGCGCCGCGGCGCUGUACGACCUGGCCGCGCUCGCGGCCAUGUUCGGCAUGUUCGCGGGCGCCUUCACGGGGAUCGCGCUGCUCAAGAAGCAGAAGCGGCAGCGCCAGGACGGGGGGAAGGAGGAGGGGGACAGGGACAACAAGGCGCUGGCCAAGCCGGCGACGGACUCGGUCAUCGUGCCGGUGCUCAACGCGCUGGUGCCGUACGUGGGCAUGAUUGCGGACGAGGUGGACAGGGAGAACUGGAUGAACGACAUGGGCAACCCGCUGAAGAUGCAGGCGAUCGCGCUGCACAACAUCUUGCGGGCGUGCGAGGAGGAAGGGGUCGACGGCGAGGGGCUGAAGUUCAUCUCGCGCCGGAUGGAUCGCGCGGUCGCGGACGGGUUCGGCCCCGGCGGCGUGUCUGCCAUUGCGCGGUACAUGUUCAAGUGA